CCUUCCAAAAUUUACUGGAAUUAUGAAAAGCCUAUCAGAACUCUAUAUGGAUGUGACUGCUAUUAAGAAACUAGCACCCUCAUCGAUCAAGUAUUUGACUGCUCUUACUUUAUUUGAUCUAAGUUACUGUGGAAAUCUCAAAUUUCUUCCAUGCAACAUGGAUAAUUUGAGGUCUCUUGAAAAACUCAUUAUUUCCGGAUGCUUAAGACUAAAACUGUUGCCAAGGCUUCCAUCAACUAUAAGAUAUAUAGAUGCUCGAUAUUGUUAUUCUCUAGAGCCAUCACCAGCACUAGUCAAACUUAGUAGCUUGUUACAACCUUACUCCCAGUGGUUUCCAUACAAUGAGAGCAGUGGUGGAGUGGCAUUUACAAUAUUAUACCGUUUCCUACAGGGACUCCUUUGUCAAAAAACUGUUAAUGAAACUUCUACCAAAAGGAAAGAGGAUGAGGGUGAAUCUAUAACUGAAUUUCAAAUAAUUAUUCACGGAUUUGACAUUCCGUCUUGGUCAACUCAUCAAAGUGUGGGGAAUUCAAUAAGCAUAGAGCUGCCAUCAAAUUGGUGUAAUUGUAAAUGGAUGGGAUUUGCCAUCUGUGCAUCAGCAUCAGCUAGUAAACCGAUAAGAAUUGGCAUUAGAGCUCGUGUGAUAGCCCUUGGUGAUACGCCUCAGAAUAACUAUGUCUCUAAACUUUUGUUUGGGAUGAUGCCUUGUGAGGACAACAUUUGGCUACUGUAUUUGUCUCGUGAUAAUUGGUUUGCUACUGUUGGGAAUGGUGAAUGCAGUCAAAUUAAGGUAAUAUUUGAGACUGAUGACUCUGCCCUUCAUGUAUGGGAAUGUGGGGUCAAUUUGUUAUACGAGCAAGAUGUAGACGAGUUCAGCCAAACCAAUGCACAAUGUUUGAUUGAGAAGUUGAGAAGGGAUUAACCUCUUAAUUCACUGGUAAUGGCCAACUCAAACAUCCUUCAUGUUAAUGCCCAAUCCUAUUUUCUUUCUAACUAUACUUUGGUUUCGUCACUGUCAAGUAACUCCCUGUUAUUUUUCUUCUUCUUUUUUUGUUUCACCAUGUGCAAGCAAUCCCAAUCACCCUGUACUUUUUGAGUGGAAGAAAAUUAAUCUUAGAUUCCACCAUGAGGUUAUUGCCAGUUGUCUAAGCCUCUACAUCAUCAUCACUUACAAGAAGCAUAAUAAUUAGUAAAACAUUAGGCAAGCAGUUUAGAAUAUGAUCUAGAUAGGAAAUACAUUCUCAAGCUUAACCCAUUACAUUUCUCAAAGGAUUUUGCUAAUGUAGAUCUUUCAAUCCUAAUUUGGCAUCCUAUAUUUAACUAUCAGAGUAUUAUGCUAUUUUGCAUAUUUAUUUUGCGCUGGAAAAAGAAAUACUACUUUUCCUGAUAAAUUUUUGAAACAUGAAAACUUGAGACGGUAUGGUAUUUCCUUCCCCACCAUAUAUAUUCUUCAUAAUUACUGGUGUCAUGCCUUCUAAAACAGGUAAGAAACAACUCCAAUUUCAGUCAUUAGUAAGGAGUGAGUUGUGUAGUUAUUAUUAUUAUUAUAGUACCAUACUAACUCAAGUUUUCACAUAUAUGCAGUGGGUGAUGAUGAUGAUGAUUGUCAUGAUUGCAGAAGAUGGCGCUCAUGUUCUGUUUGUACUUUGACUAUCUUUUUUUCAUAGGAUGAAUUUCAAUAGAGGCUUUGGCAAUUAGAUAUGUACAUGCAUUUCAAUCAGCAUGACUAUGUUAUAUUGAAUUUGUAUUUGGUUCGGGUAUAAUUAUUUAAAAGCUUGUUCAAGUGGUA